CCCUGUGGAUGUUAUUUCUCCUUGGAUUUACUGAUUUUUCCUGGGGUAGAACUGUGAAUACAUGACCCUCAUGUAUAUUGGAUUACACUGGAUCUACAUGACAUCAAAUAUCAAGACAAUCACCUAAGAUAUGGACAUCAGAGGCUUUUGUCAGUGCUGGAAAUGGCAAGUAGUCUGCUCCUUUCUCCUUUGUAGCUGGGGCUGGGUGUCUGGGCAGCUGCGUUAUUCUAUUGUUGAGGAGUCUGAGCCGGGGACAUUGGUAGGAAAUGUAGCUCAGGAUCUGGGGAUAAAACGUGCAGAGAUCUCUCAGCGCAGGAUACAUCUGAGAUCUGAGAAAUACCAAAAAUAUUUCAGUGUAAAUCAGGGGAAUGGAGGGUUGGUUGUGAAGGAGAGGAUUGAUAGGGAAAGCCUGUGUGGAUCUAGUCCCCGCUGUUUACUGCAGUUAGAGGUUGUGGCUGAGAAUCCUGUGGAGCUUUUCAGAUUGGAGAUAGAGAUUCUGGAUAUUAAUGAUAAUUCUCCUAUAUUUUUUUCUAAUGAUCGCAUCAUUGAAAUAACAGAAUUAGUGACAAGUCCUGGAGCUCGAUUUGCAUUACAAGUUGCUGAGGAUUUAGAUGUUGGUGUGAAUGGUGUCAGUCAGUAUACAUUGAAUACAAAUCCUUAUUUCUCAUUGUCUGUGAAGAAUCGUAAGGAUGGAACGCUCAUCCCUCAGCUGAUACUAGAGAAGGUUUUAGAUAGAGAAGAAAAAGCAGAACAUAACCUGAUUCUCACAGCUAUAGAUGGAGGAGAACCAGCCAGAUCAGGGACCUGCAGAAUAGCAAUAGUUGUAUUAGAUAUUAAUGAUAAUCCUCCAGUCUUCAAUCAGUCAGUAUAUAAGAUCAGUAUUAGGGAGAAUCUGCCAUUGAAAACUGUGAUAUUAACACUGAACGCAACAGAUCAGGAUGACGGAGCAAAUGGGGAAAUUCAAUAUUCCUUUGAUGAUCACACCUCUGAAUUGGCCAAAAGAUUAUUUGCUUUAAAUGAGCAAAAUGGGGAGAUUUAUAUUAAUGAAUUGGUGGAUUUUGAAGAGUCAAACUUUUAUGAAUUAUCCAUUACGGCCUCAGACAAAGGAUCUCCAAAAAUAGAAGGGAACUGUGUAGUUUAUGUAGAAGUAGAGGAUGUAAACGAUAAUUCACCAGAAAUGACAAUUUCAACAGUAGCUAAUGUGAUCCCAGAAAAUGCACCAAUAGGAACAGUUGUUGGAUUUAUUAAUGUAAAAGAUGAGGAUUCUGGAAAGAAUGGAGAAAUACAACUAAAUAUAUCACCAAAUGUGCCUUUUAAAAUAAGAGUUGAUCAGAAUCAUUAUGCAUUGGUCACAGAUGGGAAUCUAGAUAGAGAGGAGACCCCCCAAUACACUAUAGAGCUGACAGCCUCAGAUUUAGGGUCUCCUCCUCUAUACAGUAAAACAAGCAUCACCCUCAGGGUGUCAGAUAUCAAUGAUAAUGCUCCAGUGUUCACACAGUCUACUUAUAAUGCUUUCAUUAAGGAGAACAGUGACCCGGGGACUCUUCUAUGUACAGUAUCUGCUACUGACCUAGAUGAAGGGGUUAAUUCUGAUCUGGUUUACUCCACAGUAGAGAGUUAUAUUGACGGCUCCUCUGUAUCCUCCUUUGUGUACAUUAAUUCUAAUGAUGGGAAUAUAUAUGCUCAGCGUUCCUUUGACUAUGAGCAGAUCCAGGUUUUACAGAUCACCAUAAAGGUAGAAGACUCAGGAUCUCCACAGAUAUCUUCCACUGUUCCUGUCUUUAUCUUAAUUCUGGAUACAAAUGACCAUCCCCCCACUCUGCUGUAUCCAGAACACUCUGAAGACCUCAUUGUCCAAGAAAGGAUCCCAAAGUCUACAAGUGCUGGAUAUUUGGUGACCAAACUGUCGGCAGUGGAUCUGGACUCUGGUCACAAUGCCUGGUUGGUCUUUACUCUCAUUGACCCCAUCAAUUAUUCAUCAUUUCAAGUGUCUAAACACACAGGAGAGGUGAGAACUGUACGAGGAUUACAGGAAACCGAGAACAUGGAGCAACAACUUGUCAUCUCUAUCAGUGAUCAGGGGAAUCCUCCAUUAUCCACCACAGUGACUGUACUUGUCAGUAUAGCAGAUGAGGUUGUAGUGGAAAGACCGAAAUCUGGUGACUUCCUGACAAAUUCCAAACCCCCAUCAGAUAUGACUCUGUAUUUAAUCAUUUCCCUGGUGGCCAUCAGCUUAGUGUCACUUGUUACCUUCGUGAUACUAUUGGUGAGAUGUCUGAGGAAGGACAGCUAUGACUACAGCAGUAGUUGUUGUCUUCUUGGAGGAUCCCAAUCCAAAGCCUACACAGAUCAGUAUCAGCCAGCUCUGUACCUGAACACAGACGGGACCUUAAAAUACAUGGAGGUCAGGAUGGUUCCUCCAGGAUCCCAGGGGCAGAGUUACCAAACUCAUUUACCCCCAGCCCCAGAGCCACAAGAUUUCAGUAUUGUGCAGCCUAUAAAUUAUCCUCAGUUACAGGAUAUAUAUCAAGAAGCCUCAUCUGAGGGGGAUUCACUGAAUGACCUAAACAAUGUAAGUUACAAUAUUAUAGUUUAAUAUGUUGAUUAGUUAAGGUGUCAAAUCUCAAAUGGAAAAAAUAUUUAGAAAAUAUUUAUACGUCUGUGUUGGACCUGUGCUAUAUUUCAAUGUGCAUUCUUUUUAUUAAUAGGAAUUUUUUUAGGUUUUGGAUGGCGCAUGCAUUUUGAUAGUUGGAGAUUACUUGAGGUUAUUUUGAUAGGUCGUGUUACUUGAGGAUUCUCAGAGGGAUCGCUACUAAAUACAAAUACUACAUUACUAAAAUGGUGCAUGGUUGUUGAUUGUUAUAGAUUUUCAUCAGUAUUAAGUUGUUAUAGCUUUGUCUUUUUUCAGACUAUAUGUAAGAGUAAAGUUUAAGUUAAGAUGCAAUAAUUUUUCCCCAAUAUUUUACUUUAUGCAUUUUAAGAAUAGUCUCGAUAGUUAUUAUACAAAUGUUCAACUGAUUUUAGAUACAAGUUUACAGAAGUUUAACUUGUAUCUUAUUGGCCCCGAUGCAAAAUCUGCAGCAGGGCCCCAUGUGGCAAUUAUAAUACUGAUCACUUAUAGGGCAAAUGUGCUUUGGGGCCUCCUUAAGCACCAGGGCCCUAAUGUGUCUGCUGCCUCUGCGCC